AUGAUGCCGCCGACGUUCAACGUACCUCAAGAAUUGAUCGAGCUCAUAAUUGACGAAGUAGCCUGCAUCGAGGACGACACUCAACGCUUAUCAGCAUUGCGCUCAUGCUCUCGAACUUCGUGGUCAUUUCUAACACCUUGCCGCCAAUAUCUCUUCGCAGAGGUCACUCUCAUCGAAGACGCUGGUGACAAUAGAAAAGAGAGCUUGAAGGCACGAUUACGGCUUCAAAAAUUUCUCCAGCUGCUCCAAAAUGACCCUUACUUGCACUCGGAACAUCAUCAACUCUCAUCGCACAUCAAGACCUUGAAAGUCGAAUUAUCUUUUGCUCGCGCUGCGAGCAAUAAGCGAGGCUUCAGGGAACAAAACCGACAGUGUGCAGUCCUACCGUCAAUUCUAGAAAUGAUGCAUCACGUUCAUAAAUUUGGACUGUAUUCUGAGCCCGGGCCUGUUUCCGUUUCUUGGGACCUUGUGGAUGACUCUCUCAAGGACUCUCUGACGCACUUCUGCAAAUUACAGCCGAUAGCGACCAUGGAAUUGUACAACAUCAGCGAAAUUCCUGUCACCUUAAUGACUGAUUGUCUGGGUGUUGUUUCAUUAUCAGCUCGCGGUCUUACAGGGCUUACAGGCAUCACUGAACAGGGACCUCGCACCCAUUCCCAAUCACCUUUCUCCAUGCUUGAGAAUUUAACUGUGGCAUUCUCACCGCAAUUUUUUGAUUUUCUACAAAGUGUACCAUUUAGCACUCUCAGCACCUCGAAACUUCCAUAUUCAUCUCUGAGAAGGCUUGAAACCUCACUGGGCAGAAAUGAAUGGGACUUCAUUCGUUCGGUACCCUCUUUGUCACAUCUCUGCAUUAGCCGCACUUCAGAAACUUUCAAUCGAUAUUCUUACCUAGACUUUCGUCGCCUACAGACACUACAUCACCUAAAACUCAAAUGGGACUUUGGCAACACCGUCGGCCUUAAGACUCUUCUUCCGGUGAUUGCCUGGCCAAAGCCUGGGGCAGAUCCUCAAUUCGAAGAUACCACCCUUCCCCAAACUGUCCCCAUCACAACGCUGGAAAUAUUUGGCCAAUGGAACUUUUGCUCUAGAAAAAAUGAACAACAACAUUUCAUGGCCAGCGCAGGAUGGAACGCAUUAGAUACCGUUCUCUCAGGAAACAUGUUCCAUAACCUCUGCUUUAUCCAUUUCGACUUAUCGCUCCAUUACACAGAGACACCGACCUCGCCGAAGUCCGUUGAGAAAUAUCUCUUGAAUAAAAUUUCAGCAAAACUUUCCCAAUUACUUCCUGUCCUUUCAAAGUCACCCUCGACUGACGUUCAACUCGAGAUUCACGUCGUAGGUCACGACGCUCUUUCCAGGACUUCAUAG